AUGUUGAAGAAUUAUUCUAGCGCCACUGAAUUUUAUCUACUUGGCUUCCAUGGCUCCAAAGAACUGCACGAUAUUCUUUUUGCCACUUUCUUCUUUCUCUACUCAGUGACAGUCAUGGGGAACAUGGUCAUCAUUGUGAUUGUCUGUGUUGAUAAACGUCUGCAGUCCCCCAUGUAUUUCUUCCUUGGCCACCUCUCAGUCCUAGAGAUCCUGAUCACAUCAGUUGCUGUCCCCUUAAUGCUCUGGGGGCUGCUGCUUCCAGGGAUGCAGGCAAUGUCUUUGACAGCCUGUCGUGCACAAUUAUAUUUGUACCUUUCUUUGGGUACGUCGGAGUUAGUAUUAAUUGGAGCAAUGGCUGUGGACCGUUAUGUGGCUGUCUGUAACCCUUUGAGGUACAACAUCAUUAUGGACAGCCACACCUGCAUCUGGGUGGUCAUUGUGUCAUGGGUGUUUGGGUUCCUAUUUCAAAUCUGGCCAGUCUAUGCCACAUUUCAGCUUACCUUCUGCAAAUCAAAUGUGAUAGACCAUUUUUUAUGUGACCGAGGGCAACUGCUCAAACUAUCCUGUGAUGAUAGCCUUUUCACAGAGUUUAUCCUUUUUUUAAUGGCUGUAUUCAUUAUUGUUGGUUCUAUGAUCCCUACAAUCAUCUCCUACACCUACAUCAUCUCUACCAUCCUCAAGAUCCCCUCAGCCUUGGGCCGGAGGAAAGCUUUCUCUACUUGUGCCUCUCACUUCACCUUUGUUGUGAUUGGCUAUGGUACCUGCUUGUUCCUCUAUGUGAAACCCAAGCAAACGCAGGCAGCUGAGUACAACAGGGUAGCGUCACUGAUGGUUUUAGUGGUGACCCCUUUCCUGAACCCAUUCAUCUUCACCCUCCGGAAUGACAAAUUCAUAGAGGCCUUUCGAGAUGUCAUGAAACGCUGCUAUCAACUCCUCAAGGAUUAG